GAUACUAUCUACUAUCUCAGGAUUCAUCCGAACCAAAAUGGCGGCAGUAGCAGCAAUAUCCUCUCAUCUAAUGUUUGUUCUUCGUUUACAGCCAUUGCCAUUAUCACCCUCUUCUUCUUUCUUUUCUUUCCUCAAACCUCUUGUUUCGUCUCCUAAUAGUAUAUCUACACCCUUUCCACGUCUCCAAUUUCCACCGCUUCGAAAAUCUCUCUGCUCCAUUUCCUCUUCUGUUGUGGUUUCCGAAGACGGCGAGGAAACAGAGAUUGGGGAUGAUGAAUUGGAUAGUGAAAGAGGCGAUUUUGGAGAUACCCAAUUAGAUUCAACGUCGUCGCCGUUGGUGAGAAAGAGGGAGGAGAGGCUGAAAUUGGAGGUGCCGAGUCUCAGUGUGAAAGAAAGGAAAGAGCUUGCGUCUUAUGCUCACAGUUUGGGGGAUAAGCUCAAGACCCAGUUGGUCGGAAAAUCUGGUGUUACGUCCAAUGUUGCCACCUCUUUCAUUGAGACCCUUGAAGCCAAUGAACUUCUCAAGAUUAAAAUACAUAGGAGCUGUCCAGGUGAGUUAGAUGAUGUGGUGAAGCAGUUGGAAGAAGCAACUGGUUCGGUGGCUGUUGGUCAAAUUGGUCGAACUCUGAUCAUAUAUAGGCCCAGUGCAACCAAACUGAAAGAGGAAGAAAAGAAGAAACAAGUUCGUAACUUUAUUCUGAAAAAGCAACUAAAUUCAAGACUAGUUAACAAGAGUAGGGUUCAAGUUCCCAAAUUAUCGCGGCCUGGUUCUUCAUGGAAAGGAAGAAAAAGUAGGCCAUAAACACAUUCUACUUGUAUUGAGGUUUGUCCUGGUUCUCCUGCCUGACCAAGCUUGAGGCUAUUGCAUGCAUAAAAACCAAAGGUCAUGGAAUUGGAUGUUUAUUGGCAGAAGAAAAUACAGUUAACGUUCAUUUUAAAUCAAUGAACGCUUCAAUACGAGAAUAGAACGACUAGAGAGCAUGACAAUGCAGUGAGUUUGGUUAGGAUUGAAGACCAAAUCAAUAGAUUCUACGGCGAUGAACUUAUUGUAUUUGCAAUUAUUAUUAAUCAAAACUCUUGCUGAACA